AUGCAGAGUGAUCUCAGUCAUGAAGUCAUCAACACAUUUAGAAUAAAUCUGAUGAAGAAGUUUGUGUGUCUGUAUGAGGGAACAGCAACGCAUGGAAACCCAACACUCCUGAAUGAGAUCUACACAGAGCUCUACAUCACAGAGAGUGAGAGUGGAGAGAUCAGUAAUGAACACGAGGUGAGACAGAUUGAGACACAAUCCAGGAGAGCAGCGACAGAAGAUACACAGAUCAAAUGUAGAGACAUCUUUAGACCUUUACCUGGACAAGACAAACCCAUCAGAACUGUGCUGACAAAGGGAGUCGCUGGCAUUGGAAAAACAGUCUCUGUGCAGAAGUUCAUCCUGGACUGGGCUGAAGGGAAAGAGAAUCAGGACGUCCAGCUCAUAUUUCCUCUUCCUUUCAGAGAGCUCAAUCUGAUGAAGGACAAAACACUCAGUCUUUCAGAUCUUCUUGAGGUCUUUUUCCCUGAAACAAAAGAAAUGGAAAUAUCCAGUGAAAAAUAUAAAAUGUUGUUCAUUUUUGAUGGACUAGACGAGUGUCGUCUUCCCUUACAUUUUAAAAGGAAUGAGACUCUACGGUAUGCGAACAAAAAGAAACCGGUGGACGUGCUGUUGACGAACCUCAUUGUGGGGAAUCUGCUUCCCUCUGCUCUCAUCUGGAUCACCUCCAGACCAGCAGCAGCUGAUCUCGUCCCCUCUAAGUGUGUCCAUCGAGUGACAGAGGUACGAGGCUUCAAUGAUCCUCAGAAGGAGGAAUACUUCAGGAAGAGAAUCAGUGAUCAGAGUCUGGCCAAAAGAAUCAUCUCACACCUGAAGUCAUCAAGGAGCCUCUUCAUCAUGUGCCACAUCCCAGUGUUCUGCUGGAUCUCAGCCGCUGUUCUAGAGAAGAUGUUGAGUCGAGCAGAGAGUGGAGAGAUUCCCAAGACUCUCACUCAGAUGUACACACACUUCCUGAUCCUUCAGACCAACAUCAAACAUGAGAAGGACUAUGAGAAGAAGGUGACAGAUGAAGAUAUGAUCCUCAAACUGGGGAAAGUGGCUUUUCAGCAGCUUGUGAAAGGCAACCUGAUCUUCUAUGAGGAAGACCUGAGAGAGUGUGGCAUUGAUGAGACAGAAGCAUCAGUGUACUCAGGAUUGUGCACUCAGAUCUUCAGAGAGGAGUUUGGCUGGUAUCAGGGGAAAGUCUUCUGUUUCGUUCAUCUGAGCAUUCAGGAACAUCUAGCAGCUCUAUCUGUGCACCUCUCCUGUAUAAAUCACAACAGAAAUGCGUUUGAAGCAAUCACCGAACAGAGUUUAUGGUCAAAAAUUAAGGACUGGUUUCAACUCAAUUCAUCAGAACAUUUUUCUUUAUCUGACCUGCACAAGAAAGCUGUGGAUGAGGCUCUACAGAGUAAAAACGGACAUCUGGAUCUUUUCCUGCGGUUUCUUCUGGGUCUAUCAGUGGAGUCUCAUCAGGUUCUUCUACAAGGACUAAUGAAACAGACAAAAAUCAGCUCUGAAAGCAAUGAGGAAACAAUUGAGUACAUCAAGAUGAAGAUCAGGACCAUUAACUCUACAGAGAAAUUCAUCAAUCUGUUCCACUGUCUGAAUGAAGUGGGAGAUCAUUCACUAGUGGAGGAAAUACAACAAUAUGUGAAAUCUGGAACAAUAAAUAAAGCCAAACUGUCUUCAUCUCAGUGGUCAGCUGUAGUGUUUGUGUUGUUGACAUUAGAGAAUAAACUGGAUGAGUUUGAUCUUAAUAAAUUUGUUGGAGGAAACAAUAAUGCUGAAAAUAUGAAAGUUUUUCAGAAGCUGCUGCCUGUGAUUAAAGAAGCCAGAUCAGUUCAGUAA